AUGGCCGAGGCUGGCACGACCUCCAGCCAGGGGACUGCGGCACCUCCAGGCACAGCGGAGCCAUUGGGGCGGCGCGGCCAUGCGGGAGGUGUCGUGGCCGUGCGUGGGGCGUCAUGGCUGUGUGUGGAGUGUCGCGGCCAUGUGGGAGGUGUCACAGCUGUUGGGGUGUGGCACUCCCAUGGCAGUGGAGCCACGGGCUCAGCUUCCCCCGGCAGGGUCAUAAUGGGGCCUUGGCAGCACCAGGUGAGCGCAAUACAGCAGCCUGUGUAUUCCAAAAUAAGGGAAUUCUCCCACAGCCUGGCUGAUGAGCAGGGUCAAAGGGGGAGGGUGGGCACAGCCAUGAGUGAGUGGGACAGAAGAGCAGAUGCCAAGAAGGAAAGUGCUCCCCCUUCUCUGGCAGUGAGGACAAAGGAGUCAGGAUCCCUGGAGAGAUUAGGGCAUGGAGCUUCCUGUUUUGCAGAGUGUGGAGGACAGAGUACGUUGCACUUUCCCAAAGGAACCAGAUACAGCUACAGGUAUUCAACAGUCACCACCACAUUCCUACUGGGAAGCAUUUACAACAGCAGUGGUCUAUCUCUGGAGAGCACAGUGACCAUUGAGACACUGGGGAGGUGCCAGAUGGCUUUGAAAGUGCAAGAUGUACAAAUCAAGAGAACCCUUGCAUCCAGAGAGGAGUUUUUGAAGGAAAUGGACGGUCUAAGAGAGAUACUAGAAGAGCAUCCUCUUUACUUUUCUCUCCACGAUGGGAAAAUUCUUCAGCUCUGUCCUGUAAAGGGUGAACAGACUUGGGCGCUGAACGUCAAACGAGGCAUCCUGAGUGUCCUGCAGACAUCACAGGCACCCACUGCUGCUGGAAUCGUUGAAGAGAUGGAUAUUCUGGGAAUAUGCCAGACCAGGUAUCAGCGCAAAGGUCCUGCCCUUGUCAAGACAAAGGACUUAAACCUCUGCUCUCAUCGCUAUUCUGGUUUUGCUUCCGUGCAGUCUGUUCCUCUUCCUCAUCUGUCAUCUGAGCAGCAGAUCCUGUCAUCCAGCCUGGAAUGUGUUCAGAGCUUUAAGGAUGGAAUCCUGGCAGAGGCGGAAUGCACCGAAUCCAACCUCGUUGCACCGUUCUCCGAGAACGGGAGUGGGGCAAAGACACAGACACAGUCAUCGCUAAAACUCAUUCAGGUGGAAGCAGAGACACUGUACAAAUGGGGACCAAAUAAUUUGGAUUCCAAGCAUCUGUAUGUGACCAAUCUGCUAUAUGAAAAGGAACAAAUUGAGAGACAAUUCACUAUAGAGGAAGCGACUGAAUUAGUGCAGAAGCUCUGCUUAGCACAUAGUGUGGGAUUGGAGACUGCAGGCCUUUUCACGACGCUUGUGUUUGAGCUUCGGCAUCUUUCUCUUAAGGCCUUAACAGCACUAUGGCAAAGAUCUUCAUUUAAAUGCAGAGAUAACUGGCAGCCCCUAAUAGAUGCGCUCCCGUCGUGUGCGACGGAGGCAUGUGUUCUGCUAAUGAAAGAAAUCAUAUCCUCCGGAGAAGCCGAGGAAGACACAGUGGAAUCUUUCCUUUGGUCAUUUUCAUUCAUUCCUGAGCCCACUUCUGGCAUGAUCGAGUGCCUUGCUCCUUUGCUGCAAUCAGCAGGAGCAAGGCAGAGCUCCUUCCUAGGAGUGAGUGCUCUUGUACACCGCUUUUGCUCAGCUCGCCAGCCCUGCGAUGGUGUUCCCGCCGUGCAGAGCGUGAUGAGGAGGCUCGGGGAAUUUCUGGGAGGAAACUGCUCUGUGCAAGAUUCGGCAGGACUCAGCCAGAUGCAACUAGUGUUAAAAGCUAUUGGAAAUGCAGGACUGGCAGCAGUUUCACUAGUUCCUGUUUUGAGCACUUGUGCUUCCCUGAGGAGCAAUCCCAUUGAAAUUCGUCUAGCUGCUAUACAGGCAUUCAGGCGUGUUCCCUGUUCUGUCAGGAAUGCUGUAUUAGUUCAGCUUUAUCAAGCAACCAGUGAUGAAGUAGAAACAAGGAUUGCUUCUUACUACAUAGCAAUGAAAUGUCCAAGUGAAGAAUUAUUUAAACAAGUACAAAAGACUUUGCAAAAGGAAACAUCGAGUCAAGUGGGUUCCUUUGUUUGGAGUCAUCUCUCCCAGCUUCUGGAGACAGAGGACCCGUUGAAGGAGCACCUUCGCGAUGCCAUUCCUGAUGACAUCCUUAGCAAAGAUUUUGACUGGGAGUCAUGGAAAUACUCCUCCUAUUCAGAUGUCACAUUCCACACAGGCAUGUGCGGUUCUAAAACUUGA